AUGUCGGCAGCUACAAAGAAACCACCCGUGGCUUUAGGAACUGGGCGCAGAACUUCAUCAGAUACCUCAAGUACCGGUAUCCCAACAAGAACUUCGUCACCAACAAAGCCAUCUUCCCCUACUACAAACGGAACACACGCACGAAGUCGCUCAAUACGCAGUGGUACUCCAUUAUCUGCACGAGCUGCCAUGCAACGACCAGGCGCUGGUACUUCUAAUCUCAGUUCAAAUAGUGUACCAUAUGUUGCAGAUGAUGAUGCAAGGGCCGAAAAUAUUGCUCUCUUGGAUGAUUUGAAAGAGAGACUUCGAAAAACCGAAACUACAUCGGAGCAAUUCCAGAAACAAGCUCAAGUUCUUCAAUCAAGAUUUGAUGAAGCUUUACAGGAUCAAGGGAAACUGGAGGAUCGUUUACAUGAGAACGAAGAGAAACUAGAGACUUUACUCAAUGAAAAGAGAGAUGCUCUUCGACAAAAGAGGGAGAUGGAAUCGAUUUACGAGGCCGAGAGAAGUUCCAUGACCAAGGAGAGGGAAGAAAUGGGCAAUCGAGAGGAAGAGAUGCAGACAAUCAUUCAGCGAUUAAAGGAUUCUCUGUCGCAAAGAUCUUCGUCGGAUGAAGAAUCAAGAUUGUCUAGACGCUCAAAUAAUUCUUCCCCGAACGUCGAAAGUGGCCAAUUCGCUCCUCCAUCCGGAUUAAAUCGCAGCGAUUCUCGCAACAAUUCCAAAUUACUCCUACAGAAAGAUAGACUUAUUGAAUCUUUACGACUAGAAUUGGCAGAAGCUCAGAUCAAAAUGGUAGAAUCUGAGAAUAUGGGAGGUGGACGAAUGCAAGAAGUUGAAAAAUUACUCUUGGAAGCACGAAUGACGAAUGCAAGAUUGAUGGAAGACAAUGAGAGCUUCCAAUUACUUUUACAAGAAAAGACUCUAAAUGGCGAUUUCUCCAAGGAUCACUUCGAAUACAUGGGUUCCUCUUCAAACGCCGAUGCGCUGAAUGCUCUUGAAGGACGAGGACGAUCCCCAGGAGCGUCUCUCGCAGAUGAACUCUCUGAACUUAACGACACUGAAGGCGAAAAUGAUCAAUACCGUCGCCUUGAAGGCGAGUUGAAAACUGCCAAGGACCAAAACAAAGCUUUAACAUUAUAUAUCAACAAAAUUAUCGAGCGACUCCUACAGCACCAGGAUUUCGAAGCAAUUCUCGACUCGGACUUCAAACCUGGAGAUAUCAAAGGACCUGCCAAUAAGGAUAAAGAUCUUCCACCACCUCCACCAAAAGAGCAAGCUAGUGGUACAUCCAUUCUUCAGCGUGCGAAGACUGUAGCUAUGGGUAGUCGCAAACCACGUCCUCAAUCCGUUAUGCCCAUAAGCCAUUCGACCCUCAAUAAUGAUCCCGAAACAGCACCUAGCAUUCCAUUCGGAGUUGGCCGUUCAUCAAGUGUUCGACAGGGAGUCCGUCCUAAAUCCGAACAAUACACAGGCGGUGGAGCUUCAAUCGUGAACCAAAUGUAUCGAGGUGGACAAACUUCACCACCCCUCCAUGGACCCCAGACACCCCGACACUCGCAAUCCUUUUUCAGUGCAGGCCCCAUGGCCGGUAAACCCACCACUCGCCAUCCAUCCCUAGGUCAAGUCCCCACAGCUGGUAAUUUCCCGGGUGUGAAGAGCGAAAGUAGUAGUAUAAGCGGAGAUAGCGGUGAGGUCAGCACACCGCCUAGUAGCACCAGUCCUGCACGAAAAGAAACGAGAAAAUUCGCGGGUAAUAAACCAAAACAAUUACAAUUGGUUCAAGAUAAAGAAGAAGAGGAUAAGACAAAGGCUAAGAGAGCAAGUUGGAUGGGUUGGGCCUUUGGAGGUGCGAAUGGCGCGGGUCAGAAAAAAGAGGAUGGUGUGGGUGCGGGGGCGCCAAGUGAAGAUCCAAUCAUUGAAUAA